CUAAAAACAGGUUGAACUGAAGGCGCAUCGGCACUCCUUUGUUCCCGAAACCCAGCAGCUCACAGCUAUUCUGUAGAGAAUUUUGGGAUUUGACAGUUUGUUGAGAUAAAAUAGUGUUACGUUUCACCCUAACUCUCAAUCGCAGGAACAUAUCAUCAAAUUAGACAGAAUAUUAUGGCUGGACAUUCUGGGUCAGGUUCAUCCGACAAGAAAUCAAGCAAUGGAGUGAAUGAGUUGCUGACUUUUAACGCUGAAAAUAUGCAAAGCAACAUGAAAAUCAUCUAUUACAGCCGAACAUUUUUAUCUAUAAUUGGCGGAGUUGUUGCUGGUAUUUUGGGAUUUACUGGCUUGAAAGGAUUUGUCUUCUACGCACUUCUCAUGGCAUUUACUUCACUUGGGCUCGUAGCCAAAGCAAAAUUUUCAAUCCACACAUACUUUGAUUCCUGGAACCGUGUGCUUAUUGAUGGCUUUCUCGGUGGUCUAAUGUCGUUCGUGCUGUUCUGGACAUUUGCAUAUGACAUUGCUCAUAUAUUUUGACUGCCGGGAUGUGCAAGUGUUUCUAGAGAAGACAGUUUUUUCUCCAUUGCGGCUAUUCAGAAUGAAGUUACAACAACUUACACCCUUCACUUAUGAGAUAGCUUUCAUGAUGUUCCCGAUUUUAAACAAUGUAAACUUUACUUUCAUUAUCUUAUAUGUUCAUGUAUAAUUUAAUAUAGUGGGAAGCACUCGAUGACGAGGGCUUGUUGUGGCUGUUGAAUUGUUCUCUAGAAUAUUUUUCUUGAAGUUUACUUUGUGAUAUAGAUUGCAAUUUGGCCAAUUCAGUAUGAAACAAUAUCAAUGACUAAGGAUAGAAGUUUUGGUUGACA